GGUGAAUUGGAGCACCGCAGCAGUGAUGGCGUUUUUGCAAGUCUUGCCCAGUGGACUCUGAUCGCGUCUGUUCCUCCUCAGGCCUGUCUGAUUUGAGGGCGUUUUUGUGAUUUUGAGUUAUGUGGGGAACACUAGUCAGGACGAUGGUCAAAGCUGGCAUGGUAAAACCCUCCAGCCUGGUAAAGCCUUUGUCAGUGACACGAAUCACCGGUCGCUACUUGGCCCACCAGGAAGGUCUGCCUAAGCUACCAGUGCCACCCCUGAAACAAACAUGCGAUUGCUAUCUGGCUGUUCUGGACCCCGUCGUAGGCCCAGAAGAACUGAAUCACACCCGCCAACUGGUGGAGGAGUUUCAGAAGCCAGGUGGUGUUGGAGAGCGACUUCAGAAUGGCCUGGAGCGGCGAGCAAGCAAGACAGAGAACUGGCUCUCUGACUGGUGGUUACAAACAGCCUACCUAGAUUACCGGAUGCCAGUUGUCAUACAUUCAAGUCCUGGGGUCAUCCUUCCCCGUCUAGAGUUCAGUGAUCGUCAAGGCCAAAUGAGAUAUGCUGCUAAAUUAAUCGCUGGAGUUUUAGAUUUCAAGACCAUGAUUGACAAUGAAACUUUGCCAGUGGAGUAUCUAGGUGGGAAACCACUAUGUAUGAGCCAGUACUAUCAGGUGCUCUCGUCCUGUCGGAUCCCUGGAACAAAGAGGGACACUGUGGUGAACUAUGCCCUGGACAAGAGGCCUCCCACACAUAUCACCGUAGUGCACAACUUCCAGUUCUUUGUGCUGGAUGUAUACAACAGUGAUGGCACCCCACUGACCGUAGAUCAGAUCUACAUGCAGCUGGAGAAAAUCUGGAACUCUUCCUUACAGAGCAACAAAGAGCCUAUUGGCAUCCUCACCUCCAACCACCGCAACAGCUGGGGCAAAGCUUACAACAACCUCAUCAAGGAUAAGACGAAUAAAGAGUCUGUGAGAGCCAUUCAGAAGAGUAUCUUCACAGUCUGUCUGGACGCUCCUAUGCCACGAGCAUCUGAUGACAUGUACCGCACCCGAGCUGCAGUUCAGAUGCUGCAUGGAGGAGGCAGCAGGUGGAACAGCGGAAAUCGCUGGUUCGACAAAACAUUGCAGUUUAUUAUUGGAGAGGAUGGGACAUGUGGGUUGAUUUAUGAACAUGCCCCUGCUGAGGGCCCACCUAUCGUGUCGCUGAUCGACCAUGUGGUUGAAUACACGAAGAAGUCUGAGAUGGUCCGUACUCCAAUGAUCCCGCUGCGUAUGCCUCUGAAGCUUCGUUUCAACAUCACGCCAGAGAUCAAAAGGGACAUUGAGGAGGCCAAACAAAACAUGAAUAUUAUGGUUCGUGAAUUGGAUGUGAAAGUCAGUGUGUUCUCCCAUUUUGGCAAAGAUUUUCCAAAGUCUCAGAAGAUGAGCCCUGAUGCCUUCAUUCAGAUGGCUCUCCAGCUAGCAUACUACAGGAUGUACAAGCGCUGCUGUUCUACCUAUGAGAGCGCCUCUCUCCGCAUGUUCAGACUGGGUCGAACAGACACCAUUCGUUCGACCUCAAUUGACUCGGCCAGAUUCGUAAAGGCCAUGGAUGACCCAACCAGACAGAACACCGAGAAAGUGUCUCUGCUUGAAAAAGCUGUCAAAGCACACAGAAUGUACACAGACAUGGCGAUCCGGGGUCAAGCCAUUGACAGGCAUUUCCUCGGGCUGAAAUUGCAGGCUAUUGAGGAGCUUUCCGCCUUGCCAGAGAUAUUCUUGGACACAUCAUAUGCUGUGGCACUGCAUUACAACCUCUCCACCAGCCAGGUGCCAGCAAAAACCAACUGUGUGAUGUGCUUUGGUCCAGUGGUUCCAGAUGGUUAUGGCGUUUGCUACAACCCCAUGGAGACACACAUUAACUUUGCUGUCUCUGCCUUCAACAGCUGCCAGGACACCAAUGCUGCACGUUUGGCCCAAGCGCUAGAAUACGCUCUCGUAGACAUGAAGACCCUUCUGGAGCAGACGCCCAAAGCCAAGCUCUAAGGACAAUUGUCCCAACUAGACUUGCUCUUUGACCAUUUAAGGAGAGACCUUUAUUUUGUAUUUGACCAGUCCAGACUGGAUCUUUUACAAGCCUUGAAACCGAAUGAUAAUCAUUAAAAUGAUGUGCUAUGCGCUGCAGUUUGUUUGUUCAAAUUUACCAAAAAGAAAAAAGAAAUAGGUCUGUCAAUCAAUCAGGUUUUGCUGAUUUGUGUUUUCUUUGUAUUUAAUUUUCUGAUUACAGACAUUAUACCAGAAAUAACUUGUUAUAUUUGAAUUUGUGAUUAAAGGAAAUAGUUCAUGUGAUGAUCUCUCCUUUACAAAUAAGAGAUUAAAUGUUAUCAAGUACUGAAAAAUUAUGUAAAGGUUAUCUACUGUGUGCAUGGUUAUGCACUGUUUUAAAUGCCAUAAUGUAAAUAGUUACAUUUGCAAAGCAUUUGUUUCUUAGUUCUUUGUACACUAUUGUAAUUUGCACAUU